AUGGAGAUCGAUUCUCUGAAGAUGCAACUGGCGGGCCUGCUCGCCCUGCAGCAUGACGAUGACGCCAACGAGGAUGGUAUCGUCCUCGCCACCCUCGACUACAUCCGUGGCGCCCACACGGUAGCUCAGAUGUUGUUGCGAGAGGGGAGGUUCUCCGAGCUGCAGCGGUGCCUGAAUCUCUGCCAAGCAGCCUUUGGGGAGAUCGCCACGAGCCCCCCGGCAGCAUCCUCAGAGGAGGCUGCCGCAGCCACUGCUGCUGCUGCUGCUGCUGCUCCUCCGUCCACCACUCAGGGCACCUCAGGUUCUCUCAGUGAGCGUGUGAAGGCGACGGGCUCGGAGCUGAGGCCUUUCUUGUCUCCCUCAUCUGUGGAUGCAGCGUCGGAGCGGCGACGCACCUCGGUGGUGCUGCGCAGCGACGAGGACCAUCGCGCCUUUUCGGUCUUGGCAAGCCGCACAGCCCAGCUGCAGACGUGGUUGGAGGCUGCUAUGCAGGCCCGGCGGGGCCGCGACGCCGACUACUACCGCCAUAACCCUGACCUGGGGAUCGAGCGCAACGACGCGGACGAGACGCUGGACAAGCGCGAGGCGGCAACUAGCAUCCGCUUCUUUCAGUGGCAGUUGCAACAGCUGCCCCGCGCUGCGCCGAUGGCGUUGCCAUUCCCGCCAGCUCCCAAUCAGGACGCACAGGGUAGAAGCACGCAGACGUCCGCCGCUCGUCCCCCGCCGCCGCCGGCUCGUCUCUCGGCGCCUGUGCAGGGCGAACGCCGCAGGUCGGCAUCGCUCUGCCUUCCUUCGCCAAACAUUCCGGGGCCGUGUGGCAGCACUCACCAACACGCCACAUCUACCGCGCUGGCGGCGUUUCUCGGUGAUGCGCCUCCGCCCCCGUCACCACCGGAGCGCGGUACCGCCAUUGGCAGAGAGUCGUACGUUAACCGGUGGAAGGCACUCAAGUGCCUGCCGCCCCUCGUCACUGAGGGUCGCACAUUCUGCACGGAUCACUGUCAAGCCUACGACGUGGCUGGCGGUGCUCUGCACAACCGGCUGCACUCGCACAGUCACGUCGGGGCGCUCGCAGAGAAGGACAGAAACGUGGAGGACGACGGUGGCAUUCGUGCGGUUCAGCAGCUGCACGGCGCUCUGAGCGAGGACCGUAUACCCCGCUACCCACGCAAGGCGCUGGAGGAGCGGCAUCUGCGGAGCUCGUCUGGGUCCUUCUCAAGCGCCUCUUUGAACUGGGGGCCGCCACCCUCCUCGGCGGCGGUGACCCGCCAAAAUCCCACCACAUUGUAUUACUCAGCCCAGCUGGUGUCGCGGACCAAGUCCGUCGACGGCGCAGACGAACACGAGGAGGGCGGAUCGCAUGUGGGCGUCGGCGGCGGUGACGACGACGUUGGUGGUGACGCUGGCGGCCAAGCUGGCUUCGCUUCCGUCCAAAGUGCGCGGACGACGUUCCUGCUGCGGACGGCAUCGCCGCUGUUGGGGUCGGCCGCGAAUAGCCACGUCCCCGCCUUGUCCUCCUGUUCCUUACGGUGUGCCGAUGAUGACGCACGGGAUCCUGCUGUCAGUGCCUUCACCAGCGGCAGCCACGUGCCGCAUCCAGCACAGUCGCCAUCUAACGUGGCGGAGGCUUUUACUCCGCGGCGCCGCUUGCUGCCGGUGUCCACUAGCGCGCUUGCCACGGCAUCCUCUGCGACCAACGUGGUAGUCUCCUCACCACUGCUUCAGCCGAACGUCGGUCGAGGUGUGCCGAGCGACGACGCGCACGUAGCGAUCAGCGCCACCUUCACCUCAAUGCCGACGCCGCGCUCGGUGUCCUCGGCAGCGCCAAGCAGGACUCUGGAGCAGCUGCCUCUUCCAUCGAGUGCCACCGUUGUUGCUUCCCUCCCAUCUCUGACAGGGCUGCCGGCGACGACGUCCACGGCCGCAGCAGCCGCGGCCCGCGCGGUGCAGAACGUUCGGCACACGAUGCAGCUCGCAAUGACGAGUCUGAAAGCGCAGCAUCAGCGUGGUGCCCGGGCGCUGGAGCAGUGCGACGAGUUGGCUCUCUCCCGACUACCCUACAGCGCACGAGAGGCCCUGAUGGCGAGUCGUGCGCGACAAGCAGCAACGCAUGAGUACGUGAGCGUCAGCAGGAGCCCCGGCAGCGGUGGAGGCGAGAAUUCCGUGCGGAUCGUUUCACCUGUUUCGGUAGGCGCGGCUGCUACCCCAAACUACCCCCUCACCGCGGCGCAACUCACGGAAGAGCAGGUAUUGCCGCCACCACCACCGCCGUCUCUACCACCGUCGCAGCAGCUCACCCCAGGUGCGGAGGGGCAGCUUCGCGAACUCCGUGUGGCGCGCGAGCAGCAUCUGGCGACUUCGAAAUCCAAAGUGCAAGAGAUGGAGGCGCAGUGGCUGGCGCAACACCGACAGCUGAAGUCGCGCGUCCCGCUGUCUCGCCAACAGGACUUUGCAGAGUGGAGCCGGAACCCCCGCCGCCACCUCACGCACCGCAACCCGCGCGGCCCGCAGCACCGCGGGAGCACCAGCCGACGCCCCACCGAGCAGUACAGUCGCGUGGACACCCCCUGUGGAGGACACGCGCGGGGAGCAACGCCCGCGCACAUGACCCCCGUCCCGCCCUCGCCAACACUGCCUGCGUUGCUGGCGAGCGAGUCGCCGGUGGCCUCCACCGCCAGUGCGCUGGCGGCGACGGAGGAGGGCACGCGGCCGCCCUCCGGCUUGCCGAUGUGUACCUCCGCACCGCUGCAGCGCCGCCGUGGCAGCGCAAGCCCCACUUGCACCCUCACGUCUGCCACCCGCCACCCUGCGGCCGCCAGCGCUACUGCGAGGGCCCUGCCGACCGUGUCCAGGUCGAACAUGUCGUCCGCCUCCAUCACGGCAGGCAGCUCGAAUAGACCGCACGUGUCCGACGCAUUGCCACGGUCAGACUCGUCGCCACUUCUUCAAGAACUGCCUCUCGGCGGUAGCGGCGCAGCGACAGCGGAGGUGGUCGAGCAGCAAGGCGACGGCCAGCGCGAGGAUGGUGGGGCAGCGUCGCCGGCCAUAGUGCUACCACACGCGGAGAUCGUGUCCACCAGCGGCACCACGGUGGCCUGCCCCUCCCAUACCGUCGGCGCCGUCUCCAGUAAGGUGGCGGAAGUCAACAAAGAUGCCUUCCAGGAUAACGCCGUGUUGUUUGGUGUUUCGACGACGAUGCGGUCUGUCGCCACGGCACACACUCUCGUCACACGCGGGGUGCAGGCGACACAGGAAGGUGGCGACGCAGCGAGGGCAGGGAUGAACGUCGCUCCUACCGCCCUCAGCACUCAGUCGCCUCAGCAGGCAAGGCACAGCGUCGCAGGUGACACAAGGGGGCUCUACACAUACAGCUCAGCGGUCGAGGCGAGCGGGCCCAAUACAGUGGAGGAGACGCUCGUGGCAUGGCGACGCACCCUGCAGGCGAUGGACAGCCCGUCGACGGCGACGGAGGUGAUGCGUGAAUCGGGCACGGAAGCUGGCGAGCUGAACACGGCCACCGCCGUAGCGCCGCCGCCGAGCAGAGCCACCGGGUACUUGCCCCGCAUGCGGCCCAACAUUCACUGCGCAGCGGCGGUGGUCCACGGCCGCCGUACGCAGCGCUUCGUGUGCGAGGUGCUCCGUGAAGUCUUUCGGCGCAUGCUUCCCGGCGACCUCGUCCGCCCUGUGUGGAAGACGAACGUCACUGCUCGCCCGCAGCCGCCGUUUGCGGACCUUCCGAAUGCGUCCCUGAUCGGCAUGGACGGAGCGGAGGCGUGCGCGAAGGCGUCGGGGUGCGCGGUGCGUCGCACCGUCGGAUCACUGGCGCGGGUGACGAACCUAGUGUCAGGCUCAAGCAUGGACCUACCGGCUUCCCCAGGCUCGGCGCGCACCCUCAACUCCGCUGCGUCGUGGCUGCCGCCAUCCGGCUUCACGUCCGCGGGGCCGUCGAAGGAAGCGGUGACAAGCGUGAUCCGGCAUGUGAACGCGGCGUACCGCGCGAACGCUGUGCUACUUUCCAUCGAGGACUGGACCACCGUGGCCCCGGACCUGCUGGCCCGCUCGCUGCCGCUUAGCGUGCGUGCAGUCCGCAUUCAGACGUGGUGGCGUCAGCGGCUCGCCGUUCGUCUGUGCCGACAGCGUCGCGCAGCGCGGGAGGCCUAUCUCGUCGAGGAGGAGCGCCGCGAUGCCGCCGCACUGCGGCUUCAGCGGCAAAUACGUGUGCACUGGGCCCGAAAGAACUUCACGCAUCGGGCUGCAGCGGCUGCCGAGCGGACCACCGCGAAGCACAGCCACUCUGUCGACGACCUCACAGACGGCAGCGUAGCCUUCGACGUCUCGAGCUCGCUCACCACGACGUCGUCCUCGAACCGCCAUCUCCGCCGUGUUGUCACACCUCGCACCUGCGAGUACAGCAGGGGCUUGUCGUCAUCGCCGCAGGUGCGCUGUGCGCGCUUCCUCCGCAUGACGUCGCAGGCUGGGGCGGACCGCUCUCUCGCCGCACUCCGCACGUUCAAAAUGGCCACCUUUCCCGCCGCCACCUCUGGUGGGGUGGACAAGGACACCUCCAUCUUCUUCCGCUCCGCCCGAGCCGCCGUAGCCCCCGACGACGGCGACAAAUACAUCCGCCCGCACCGGCCGCGGUCGCCGUCUACGGCCACGACAAUGGAAACGGGCGCAACGAUGGUGUUGGCAACUGCUGCGCCGCCCCCGGUGCGCAGUGGUACAACCAACGCGCAGCGGCUUUCAGCGACGCGUCGAACUACAGUGCCGCAGAUGCAGCCGGAGCUUGUCAGCGCUGCCGCGCGGCGCAUUCAGAGGUGUUACCGACAUCGUCUGGUGCAACUCCACACGGCGCGGCUCCGCCGAGAGGUGGAGGUACUCAGCGCCGUCCUCACGCGACGGGCAUCACUCGCCGCGAUACACGUGACCCUGACUCCUGCGCCACUGUCAGCACCGGCGGUCACGUCGCUGAUGGAGCCGCGAUCGAGCGACGGCGUCCACGCCGGAGUUGAGGCGCUCUCAGAUAUAUUGACUGCUGCCGCGGCGCGAGAGCUGGACAAGAGCUCAGACACGGCAGUCAUGCGCAGCCUUCUCGACCGCUGCACUGGGGAUGUGUGCGAGGCGUACUUGCAGCGCGGGCUGGCGGCGCGGCGCGAGGGCGACUACAAAACCCCGCUUGAGCGCGUGAGUCUUCGCGAACUGCAAUGUAUCCGUCACGAGCGUGAGGGCGAGGCUGCCCGGCAGCGCCAACUACACGAGUUCGGGCAGCGGCGAAAGCUCGAGCAGCAGACGCGACGGGAGCGUCAGGUGCUCGAGGCGUCGAAGACCAUUCAGCGAAUUGGUCGCGGCUGUCGGUGGCGACGGUGGCUGCGUGAGCGGGGGCUGAAGGUAAGGCAGCGGGCCGACCAUCACCAGGUAGCGUUGCUGCCGUGCUCCUCCGUGAAGGGGAUCCACAGUGGGCAGCUUGCCAGCUCCGACGGCCAAGGCACGCAGCCGGCGAUGUCGUCAGAGGAUGAGCGGUAUCUCCAAUUGGCCGGUGGAGAGGCGCUGACGUCGCACAUGAUAUUGCGCCUGCGGGCAACGCACCCGCAGUGGUUCGGGAUCGCUACGGACCUCACGAGUGCGCAGUACAUCGUGUCGAACAGCACUCCCGCUCAGCUGGCCACGGUCCCCACGAUCCAAGCCUUUGUGGCGGCCUUCGCCAGCCGCGCUGAAGUCUACAACCGGUACCGUCACACCUGCGCCAAGAGUCUUCAGCUGGCGUGGCGGCUGCACCGGGCAAAGAUGCGCGACCGCCGCAAGCAGCGCCGAGUUGUUUCCUCCAGCGAAUCAUAA